GGCGAGUUGCUAUGUGGGGGCGGGUUCCCCCCACGUCACGGCCCGGCUGGCUCGGGGGGAGGCGGCUGCCGGAGCUCAGUGUCCGCGGCGUCCCGGGACGGCGAGAGCGGAAUAAAGACUCGACCGGAGGCAACGUCGCAGUCAUGGGAAAGGAUUAUUAUAAGACCUUGGGGCUCCAGUCUGGAGCCAACGAAGAUGAGAUCAAGAAAGCUUAUCGGAAAAUGGCCCUGAAGUAUCACCCUGAUAAAAACAAAGACCCCAGUGCGGAGGAGAAGUUCAAGGAGAUCGCAGAGGCCUACGAUGUCCUGAGUGAUCCCAAGAAAAGAGCUGUCUACGAUCAGUAUGGUGAAGAAGGGCUCAAAACUGGAGGCGGUUCCUCUGGCGGCUCCGGCAACACUUUCCACUACACCUUCCACGGAGACCCACACGCUACCUUUGCUUCUUUCUUCGGUGGCUCCAAUCCCUUCGACAUCUUCUUUGCCAGCAGUCGCUCCCGGGCGUUCAAUGGGUUCGAUCAGGAAGAUAUGGAUAUCGAUGACGACGAUGACCCUUUCAACGCCUUUGGACGGUUCGGCUUCAACGGCAUCAAUGGAGUCCAUCGACGGCACCCGGAGUCUCUCCACACACGAAGGAAGGUCCAGGACCCACCCAUCAUCCACGAGCUCAGGGUCUCCCUGGAAGAAAUCUACCACGGCUCUACCAAAAGGAUGAAAAUCACCCGCCGGCGGCUGAACCCUGACGGGCGAACCACAAGGACCGAGGAUAAGAUAUUGAACAUUGUCAUUAAAAGGGGGUGGAAAGAAGGAACCAAAAUCACCUUUCCCAAAGAAGGAGAUGCCACGCCAGACAACAUCCCUGCUGACAUCGUCUUCAUUCUCAAGGACAAGCCUCACACGCAUUUCAAGCGAGACGGCACAAACGUGGUCUACACGGCUAUGAUCAGUCUUAAAGAGCUUGAGGGAACUUCCCCAUGGGCUCUGUAACCAGAUGGAAGCAUAGGACUCCCAGGGUGCGACUUCCCCUCAUGCAUGUGAAUGAAGUGCCACUUCACAGCCCACUGUGACCAUUCAGAGCUGGGUGUUUUAGGGGACACUCUUCUAAAGGCAUGUUGGAGACACUGGAGUCAAGGUGACUUACGUUGACACUGGAAACCGAAGUUUACUCUUGAAGUGCGCGGCUCUGUUUUCUGCAGCCAGCAAUACCUGGGAGAGGCAGCUCCUGUUUAUGGAGUCAUACCUGCCAUAUCUCAGAUGCUUCCUCAGUGCCUUCCUCACAGCUAUGCCUGUCGCACCAGACCUAAGUGGGUCCUUCUGACAUCAGUUUCUUGUUCCUCAAGCAUCUGUCAGCUUCGUGUUUCCUGCUGAGGGCAUGUGGGGGGUGGAACCAUCAAUACUCAAGGCAGAGAAUCUGCCCCUGUUCCGCUCCCUUUACCUGAGCGCUGAAAAUCACCCAAGAGUCCUCGCGCGUAGAGAGGGCGUAGCUAGUUGCUAUGCCUCCCUCCUUGACGCCCUGCUGCAGAAGGAAGGAGGGGUGGGGAGGUGGAGUGAGGCUGGAGCAUCAUGAUCUCCAGGUAUCCCUAGUUUCUAACCUGCUCUAAUCAGAGCUGGGGCGGGGAAUCAGGGAGCCGUAACUAAUUGUUGCUUCUCAGUAUCUUGUGGGUUGCCCUGGGUGGUUGCGUGGGAGGUGGGAUCCAUCCUGUGUUGGGAGCAACUGUGGCAGACUCCUGUCGUCCCUGGGCUCCUGCAGCCCAUCGGGAAACCUCCCUAUUCUUCCCCUUUGUGACAGGGCUGGUUCAAGCCCUUUAGUUUAAAACUGGCAGAGAGCCACGUUCUCAAUUCUUCAUCAGAUACGCCCCUCCCCAGUACCCUGGCCCUCCCAGGCCUCAGGUCAGACAUGAGCAGCUGGCCCAUCAGAUUUUGACAACUAUCUUCUGUAGCUAUCAGGUGAUAAAACCAGUGGCCAAACCGGGGGGGGUGGAGAAGGGAGACACUUCCCCUGGUCUCUGAGUCCAGGUACCAUUGAACUCUGUGUUCAUCGUUCCAGUCACUCGCAAGCCAGCACUGGGCGCUCGCUGCCACCUGGCACGGCCCAGCAGGAGCAGCCCAGCGGGAGACACAUCUGAGAGGGCUUCCCCAGAGACGUGGGCGGCAGAAAACUGUCCGUUCUUAAAAUUACAUGAGCGGCUCAGUGGGAGGCAGAGAGAGGAUGAAGCUAACUUCACGAGUCUGAGUUAAACCAGCCCCACCAGAAACUUAACGUUUACACUCGGAAGCAACCUCCCUGUGAAUGCUUCAGCUUAGAUCCUAGUUUUAGUGACGUCUGCCAUUCACAGACGUUAGUGGCUUCCCUGUUUGUUUUGAGGCCUUGUCCUGUCCCCAUUGAAGUCAAUGGCAAAACUCCUCAUUGGCUGUACUGGGAGCAGAAUAAGGCCCAUAGUUAAAGUAGGUAAAUCCCUACAUUUUCAGCUUGGCACAGCAUUCAGCCAUAAAACUUCCUCGGAUUUAAUCCAGGAGGCCAAAUGUCACAUGGGGCCCCCUCUUUAAUGUGGAGGUGUAGACUGGAGGUUGCAGUGCAGUCUGGGGGCUUGGAUUAAGGUGGAGCAUUGUAUGCUGGGACUCGCGUUAGUGGGCUGCACAAACAUAAUAAAAGUAAACUGUUCUCAUAUAUCGAAUUAUAUGCAAAUGUGGUGUCCCCUGUGCUCCUGGCAAGUUGCCAGUGCGGUCCCUAUCCUUUCAGAGUGAUGGGCACUGGUUAUUAUGGAGCAUGAUAUCAGUUGUCUGUCUAUCAUCUCAGUGAAGGCAGCGUGGGGAUUGGUCAUUCCACUACAGCGUAUCCAGUCGAGGGGAUUAUUUUCCACAGUUAGUGUCGCUAAUUCUUGUCUGGUUUCACUGGUGUUAAAGGGCUAAGUAGGGGUGGGAACCAUCUGUACUAAGGAAAUGUUAAAAAUCCACUGUAGUGUCUGCUGCCUUCUUUCUUGCAUUUUUGAAUGCUUUGCAGUGUAACAAGCCUGUCGGUUUACACUGUCAGAGUCUCAUGCUCUAGCACAGUGCUGCAGUGCCAUGUGUGAGCUACAAACACAGGAGAGGCUGGCUGGCUGCCUGCUUUUCAAUCACAUCCCUUGGAAUGAAACACAAAUAUUCCAGGAGCACUUCUCCUGGCCCAUUGAGCUCUCUGAAAGCUGAUUCUAAAAUACGUAAAUUUGGGGCCAAAUUCAAACUCCGUCCUUUGAAAUCAUUGGAUGUGAAUGGCAGAUGACGCUAAAGUUUUUUAAUUUUGAUACGUGAUUUCUCCAGUCAGUUUCAAACUUGAUGAGGAAACAGUUUAAGAUAUUGAGGAGGGGAGGGAUUGUUUUUUUAAACAGUCUCAUAGAUGCCAUAGUGAAAUCAGUGCAUCAGUUUUCCUCUGUUGGCUUUCCCGUCUGCGUAAAAUCUAAUCUUAAAAUGAGUUGAUUGUGGUAUGGGUUUCUCUGCGUGGCCUCGAAUCCUCGGCCAACUUGUGUGCUUUGCCAUCCAUCACAUUUUCCGUGUAAUGGUUUUCUGACUCUGCCCCCUGUUGCUGUAUCUUCUAAAAAGCAAAGAGUUUAUAUUUCA